AUGGUUUCCAAAUUACAAAAUUCUUUUUUUGAUGGUGAUAAUGAAUCCGAAUACAGCAACUUUGAAGAGUAUCCCAUUGCUUCGACUUCAAUCAUUCCAGUACCUUUUAUUCCUAAUGGCGUUCCUAUAUUCCCUAUAGAUUCUACUACGAUGAAACUAUCUGACCCAAACGCACCCUAUAUUAAUGUCCAGCCAAAUUAUUAUCUCCCGUAUUUAAUGAAUUAUUAUCAAAAUGAAAUAUACCCACACACUGACGAAAUAUCAUUCGAAAGUUUAAAUAUGACUGAACAGUUUUCAAUGCCAACAUUAGAAAGUAGCAAUGGUAUAUCAUUAAAAUCACAAACGCCUAAACAAAGUCCACAAAUUCAACAGCCAAUUCCUGUAUCACAAUCUUCAACUACAAACUUUCAUAAUUCAAAAGAUUCAAAUAUUAAACCGAGAAAGUACAAAUGUGAUCUCUGUCAAAAGUUAUUUGUUCGGCCAAGUCAACUAAAAACUCAUAUGCAUACUCACACUGGUAUGAAACCAUUUAGGUGCACUUUUGAAGGAUGUGGUCGUUGUUUCUCGGUUGUUAGUAAUCUUCAUCGUCAUCAAAAAAUUCAUAUGAAGUCAUCUCUUCCAAAAACAUAG